UAGGGGGAAAAUGGUGAGGAUGUGCUUUAUCUCCAUUGGCUAGCCUGGGUAGCAAUAUAUUUCUGUGAUUUCUUCAGUCUCCCAGUGAGGCCCUCCCAGUGUAAAAGUAUGCAGUUUAUUCCACAAAUGCUGUUAUGUUUCCCUAAUUCCUAUUGUGGUUUCUUUUGUAUUUCUGCACACCAGCUUCAUGCUUCUGUUUCAGGGAAGGUGUACAUUCCAAUGUUGAAGUCUCUUUUCCUUUUUGGCAAUUGCAUCUGGCAGCUUCAGUAAAACCUUAAAACUACUCCAGUAAAGACAGUGAGUACAUAGAGAAAACUCACUGAAAAAGCUGUCAUGGUUUGUGCCACUUUCCCGUUGCAACCUCCUUAAUGUCAUGUGUGGCUGUAGGUAGCAGGCCAGAUUUUUGUUGCCAAGGUGCACAAAAUGGGAGCCACUGCCAAGGUGUGUGGCUUACGCUGUUAACUGUCUUUGGAAAUGUGUCAGGAGUUGGAAUUCCAGGAAGAUUUGGUCAUUUCCCAUUAGUCAAGGGCAGUCCAGGCCAUUAAGAUGAAGCUGUGAUUAGCUUGCACUACAACUGCUCAUAAUACUCUGUAUGUAGAGAACAUCCUUCAUGAGGAAUGUCAAUUUGGCAUCUGCUUGGUGUCCUGUUGAAACAUAAAAAAUGCUUUAAAACUAUAUAAGUGCACUCAGUCUUGCAGAAAGUCUUCCUUGGCUUAAAAACAUGUGAUUACAUCUGAAAUGGAUUGAUUUCUAUCCACACUUUGUAUUACUCUACAGCACUUGCAAAGCUGGAUGGAUGCACCGUGUACUCCUUUUCUAUGCCAGUUCAUUGUGAGAUCGAUUCAUUCUCAGUAACUUGGACUCUGCCACACCAGACAAGCAGGAAAUUAUUUUACAUUUAGAGCAUCAAACCAAUGUGAGUUUUAACACUGAUUAUAUUCAGCGUCACUGAAGGUAGGAACAGUUACAAUUUGGAGUAUUUAGUGUUCUACAAAUAAAGAUUCUCUAGCUCCUCAAUGUAAAGAAAAUUGGGGCUUGAUUAUAGAUCGUGACAUUCAUGUUAUCCAAAAUUGCCUUCUCAGAUGAAUUUCAAAAUUUACCUAUGUAUUCACAUAUUACAUAUUACUUUAUUGUUAUCAUCUAAGAGCUGAUUUACAGAUUUCUGUUACAAGCAGAAGUGCAUAUUUGGAUGGAAUUAGAUCUUGAAUGGUAAAAGCAGAUUAAGAAAUGCAACUUCUGUCUCUGCCCUUCCUUUCCUUUAAAAUAUCUCAUUUUUUACUUUCUGCCUUAUUUAUACUGUGUUUUUGCACAUCAUUAUUCCUGUGCCUUUUUCAUCAUACAUAACCCAGCUGUGGCAAUCAGCAGCAGUUGUUAUUGAAGGUACAUUGGCACAAACAACAAGUUAGUGUUUUGAAAACUCAACUUGGCAGCAUUUCUGCUGAGCACCGAUACUAGGGUUUUUAAGUGGUGUAGUGAGAUUAAAAAUUUCUCAUGUUAGUAAGCAGCAAUCCAGCCUAGCUUUUGAAGCUUAGCACCACAGUCCACAGGACUGGAGUGGUCGUAGUGCAGAACAGUGAGGAUAAGUACUGGUUGGUGUGACUUUUCUACUAGUGGGUUAAUGAAUAGAGAAUCAACUGAAUUUUUUUCUACUGUGCAAGUGGGACCCAGUACACAUUUCAGAUCUUUUCUCAGCCAACAAUGUGUGAUUGGAGUAAUUCAGCUUUGCAAACUGAUGAUCAAAGUUUGGCCCAAUCACCUAAACCAGUGUGGAUAUACUGAGAUUUCUGCAGUGUGAUCAGAGACCUGAUAACCUACAGUGAACUAAUCAGAAACUAAAGUGGGAGGGGAGCGUGUGGAUGUGUGUGCACACAAGGGUCAGAAUUAGUGCUAGAGAACACUUUUGCCUUAAGCAUUUUGCAUUUUUGUGGAUAAGCUGAGGUGAACCUGUGUAGUCCACGUGCAUCUGUUAUGGCCUGUUGUUGGUCCUUCCUGCUUAGGGUGUGUGAGGGGCUGGUAUGUAAAUGGUUUUGGGUCUACCUCCAUGGAAAUAUCCUAGACUACAUAAAAUUUGGUCUCUCUGGUGUUUUUCAGAAGACCUCAGCACACCACUGGCAGGGAGAAGUGCAGGGCAGCUCCAGUACAGCACUUGGGCCAGUCACUCAUUUUGUGCGAAACCAGGCUCUGCCACCCCAAGAGCUUGCCAAGAUGUGUGACAUGGGGGGGCUCGACAACCUGAUUGCCAACACGGCCUACCUCCAGGCGAGGAAGAGUGGAGAGGCAGACACCAAGGAGAUGCAAAAGAGACGUAAGAGCCUUUCACUGCCCAAACUUGACCAGUGCAAAGAGCAGAGAGAGUCCAUUGUUGCUGAUUAUGAAAGCAUCUGUGAGCAGCAGCCCAUUGGCAAGAAAUUCUUCAGAGAUUUCUUAGAGACAGUGCCAGAAUAUUUGGUAGCUAGGGACUUCCUGGAUGAGGUAUCAAACUGGGAGCUGGCAGAGGACAGCAUCAAGAACAGUACCAUGGAAAAUAUGGUCACCAAUUUUCUUAAGGAAGGCUCCAAAAACUAUCUGUCUUUCAUGAGCUCUGACUUGGUCAGCAAAUGCCAGGCAGCUACUGCAAAAGACUAUGAGAAUGUCAUGCAGCUGGCCAAGGAGGAAACCAAAGUCUUCCUUAAAGACAAGCCCUUCCAGGAUUUCCAGACCAGCCCCUUCUAUGACAAAUUCAUCCAAUGGAAAGUUUUUGAGAAGCAACCGGUAACUGAUAAAUACUUCUAUGAGUUCCGAGUGCUGGGCAAAGGUGGCUUUGGAGAGGUUUGUGCCAUCCAGGUGAAAAAUACUGGCAAGAUGUAUGCCUGCAAGAAACUGGAUAAAAAAAGGUUGAAAAAGAAAAGUGGAGAGAAGAUGGCACUGCUGGAGAAAGAGAUCCUGGAGAAGGUCAACAGCCCUUUCAUAGUCACACUGGCUUAUGCCUAUGAGAGCAAAACCCACCUGUGUCUUGUUAUGAGCCUCAUGAAUGGAGGGGAUCUGAAGUAUCACAUCUACAACGUGGGAGAACGGGGUUUGGAAAUGAAGAGGAUCAUCUAUUACUCAGCUCAGAUCACCUGUGGGAUUCUGCAUCUCCAUUCCAUCAACAUUGUGUACCGGGAUAUGAAACCAGAGAAUGUCCUCCUGGAUGAUAAUGGGAAUUGCAGACUGUCUGAUCUUGGAUUGGCAGUGCAAGUCAAAGAGGGAAAACCCAUCACUCAGAGGGCUGGGACAAAUGGUUAUAUGGCUCCAGAAAUCCUGAAGGAAGAAGACUACAGCUAUCCUGUGGACUGGUUUGCUAUGGGCUGCUCUAUUUAUGAGAUGGUUGCUGGACGAACACCAUUCAAGGAUUUCAAAGAAAAGGUCAAUAAGGAUGAAGUUAGAAGAAGAACUCUGGAAGAUGAGGUGAAAUUUGAACAUGCCAGCUUUACAGAGGAAGCGAAAGAUAUUUGCCGACUGUUUUUGGCUAAGAAGAAAGAGGACCGUUUAGGAAGCAGAAAUGCAGACGAUGACCCAAGAAAACAUAAUUUCUUCAAAACGAUAAAUUUCCACAGGCUAGAGGCAAACCUUAUUGACCCUCCAUUUGUGCCAGAUCCAUCAGUUGUCUAUGCCAAAGAUAUUGGAGACAUUGCUGACUUCUCUGAAGUACGAGGAAUUGAGUUUGAUGACAAAGAUAAGAAGUUCUUCAAAAGGUUUGCGACAGGUGCUGUCCCUAUACCCUGGCAGGAGGAGAUCAUUGAAACGGGACUGUUUGACGAACUGAACGAUCCCAACAGAGUCGAGUCCGGAGGUUACGCCAACGGAGGCGAAGCUAAGUCAGGAGUUUGCUUGUUGUUGUAAAUAUCGUAUCGUUGUCAAAGAGUAGAAACCACCUCCGAACUUUCCAUGUUCUGAUGCUGUGUCAGAAACUCAGUGCACCUGUUUGAGAAGAACCAACCAGUGUAAUGUGACAUUGGCAGGCUAUGUAGGACAACCAGCUGUAUAGACUGUAUUAUUUGCCUUUGUUCUAACAAAGGAGGUUAUAUUUUUGUGUUAUUGGAGAUGUAUCAAAUGAAGAACCGUAUUUCUCCAAGAAACUUAGAAUAGAAAUUCUGGAAUACAAAAAGCAAUGAUAGAGUGAAGAGGCAACAGCUUUUGAAAAUGACUGAUUACCGUUUUGAAUACAAUGAUGUGUUGGUUUUCUUUCUUUUUUUCUUGUUAUUUCUACUAACAGUUCCUUGUUCUGCAGUUUUCAGGAAGGAUUUUUUAAUUUUCGAGUAAUAUUCUCAGUUAGACAGUGGAGCACACAUACCAUGUCAAACUUGGAAUCUUAUUGGUUAGCCAGUCUGUCUGUUGUUUUCUUAAGUUCUGUUAGUUUUUGGAUGGUUUGAUUGUAAUAUGUUCAAGUUGUCAUAAAAUAUAAAGAAAACUCUACAUAUCAUUAGAAAAUAAGAACGACACGAUCAGACUAUUUUCAAAGUUGAUUUUAAUGAAGUGAAGAUAAGAUUGCACCAAAUCUAAUGGAAUAAAGCAUUUAUUUAUUAUUAUUAAGUGUAUUCUUUUAAGUGAUAAUACCAUACACAAAGAAAACAUAUUUGUAAGUAUACAUUCUCUUUGACAAUUUUAUACUUUUAUCAGGUUUCUUGCUAAUUUUUCUGUAUUUUGGUGAUAAAUUAAGCUACAGAUAGACCAAAGCAAUAUGUUAUUGGUUUUUUACAAGACAUUUAUUUCAGUGCAAUAUAGGUUUUAAUUCAGUAGUUGCAAAAUGCAUUAUACUGUUAAGUGCUGUAAUGGUGGAAAGGUUAUGUAUGCAAGUUGAAACUAUCUUCAAAUGUUUAUUGAUUCUCAUGCAAAUUUUGAUGUGUUUUUAUUUUCCAAUUUUAUGACAACCUAAAUUGAAUUAAUUGGAAACAUUUCUGUGAAUACUUGCUACUGGUGAAGUGUAUUACUCAUGAGAGGCCUCCUGCUGAUUUUCUGUGGUAAGAAAAUAGGCAGUAGUUGUUUGCACAACUUCUAAAACUGAUCCUGCAUGCUGGUUAUGUCAUUCAUCCAGCCACAAUUUCCAUUGACUAAAGUGGAAGUUGAACCUGCUUCAUUCCUGGGAGUCCUGGAGGCUGCUAAUGCCCCAUUUUCUGUUUUUCAUACGGCAAACCCCCAACUGAACUCAAAGACUUCUGUUAUAGAGACAUUGGGAUUGAACCCACACAUCUGUUUUAGAAGAGGAAAACCAGUAUAUACGAUGUCUUCUGUAGUCAGGUCUGUCAUGUGCAUAGCUUUAGCAUUUAUUUAUAAUCUAAUAGCUCAUCCCAAACAUUGCAGUAAACAAAAACUCCUUAGUUUUAAAUACUUUAAGUGAUUUAGUCACAGCUAAGAAAUACAUUGGUAAUACAAUGUGUUGUUCUAAGUGAAAAAAAUACUUGUUCUUAUUUUCCUUUCAAAUUUGCUUUUCCAGUGCUUUAUGUACUUAAUUUUCAAAUGAAAAUCAUGAAGAACAGUGCUACUUAGGAUUAGUGGAUAAUUCUGUUCAUUAAUUAUGAGCAUAUAAUUGUCUGCCUUUUGAGCUGAGACUUUCUGUCAAAGAGUUUAAAACAAUAUAAGCUGAAUUCUGACUUGGUCUUUUAAUUGAGAAGGGUGAUCCUGAAAGAUUGUGAAAAGCAGAGGAAGUUGAAAGGAGAGUGAUGUGGUUCUGGCAUGGAUUUAGGAGAGCACUUCCACUGCUGACAUCCGCUGAUUUUAUUUCUCAUUACUCCCAUCUGCAGAAAACUCUUACAGAGUGGUAUUAGGCUAAUAUAUUUAAGAAAUCAAGACCAAAAACUUCAUCAUAUAUACAUUUUUUAAAAAACAAAGCAAACACAAAACCACACAGAAACCACAACCACUCCCACCACGUUAUUACAGCUGGGAGAGACCUGUUAGUCCUGGUGGCAUCAAACUUUUGUCCUGAACUGAUACACCUCAAAUCCAUAGAAAUGCUGUUUCACAAAUCCUCCAGAACCAGAAAGCAAUACUCUGUAGGUUUUCCAUUGCAUAACUAAUUUUUCAUUAUAUACACGUUCCCAUUUGGAAAGAGGUUAUAUAUAGACAGAACCAGAACUUAAUGUCUUGUUUGAGUCACAUAUCCCCUGUGAUACCAGGUGUUGCAAGUCUGGGUUUUUCAAAAUGUAUUGCAAUACUGAGAUGUGUGAAUUCAGGAUGCUAUGGGCACAUAACGUUAGGUUAUUUAGCUUUAGAAAUGUUGUGGUGUCACUAAAUCCCGGGAUGUGUAUCACUGAGAUACCAUAAUGUUAAGUGUCUCAUGAAUCAUUCAAAGUAGCACAUCAGAAGUCUGAUAAUGCACAGUUUGGCACAGUGUGUGACAGAGAAGAAUGUGUUAGUUUGAAAUACUCAUUUUAAUAUUUUUAAAAUUCUCCUUCACAACAUGAACAACUUCUCUUUGCACUAUGGAGAGGGGGGCAGGGCAAAGAUUAUUUCUGUAUUCCUGUUAGAAUUUUCAGUGGGUCUUUAAAAAUUAACUUCAACUUCUUUUUAAGGAAUCCGUGAAAUGCUUGGUUCUUUUCUUCUUCCUGCCACUGUAGAGUUCCUUGGUAAACUUUCAGGAGCAAAGUUACUUAACAACCUGCCUCACCUUAACAAAACAAAGCCAGCAAUCCCAAAAGAUUUACAUGUUCAAUGAACUGUCUUACUGCAACCAAGGAUGCUACUCACGUGAGUAAACUUGAAUGUAUGUGCAAGUGUUGCAAGAUCAGAGCCCAAGACAAAAGUAUUGAUCGAGACAUUGGAUGUUUAUGGUAGAAAAAGAGGGAUGAAUUUGUGGGAGGAAAAUAACCUUGUGGUUGUGAGCUGAGUUCUUGUGGCAAAAGAAAAUUACGUAAUUUGAAACUGCAAUUUUUUUCUUCUAGCUGUCUCUCUUCUUCCUGCUUUGCCAGCUUUGUGGUGUCUCACUUGGCUGCCUCUUUUUGCAGCAGAUAAGAUGCAUUCAAGUGUUAAUCUAAUUUAAAAAACUAAAUUGCAAACUCUAUUGCAUUAAAUGCCAUCUGUGUAAGGUUAUAGAGUGCCCUGGCCACUCUGCAGGGACUGUACUACCAGUGCUGUCUUUCCUGCCCAGUUUUAGUCAGUACAGUUCUUAGAACUGCUGGAUAAUUUGAACUGUACAAGCCUGAAAUGGGAGAUUUGUAGCAGCUUGAAAUCUGUUCUUGUAAGAACAUCAUUUAAAGCUGGACAACACUGAAUAAACACUGCUGGCUCUGAGAGGUAUAAAAGGAAGAACUUUCCCUUGUAUCUCAAGUCCAAAUUUUCUUUGAUACUAUCCCUGUUACCAUUAUUCCACUAAUUUCACUGAGCACAGAGACAAAAUGAUGUUUGGCAUUAAUGUUAACCUAAUGAAAUCACUGUUC